AACAAGAAAAGAGAGAGAGAGAGACAGAGAGACAUGUGCAAUCGGCCAGAACGUGCAUUUUUCAAAUAAAACAUUAAUAUCAUCAUCCAUUCUUCAAUAAUUCAUGAUCUCUUCUGCUGCGGCGGAGAGGAGUUCGAGUUCGUGCGGCGCGCCAAAAACAAAAAACAAAAAGCAAAAACGAUUCCGAGUAAAUUUCUUCGUUUCGAAUAAAACGCUUUUCCGUGUGCAUUUCUCUUUUGUCGUGGAAUUGGAUUGCGUUCGAUACGAAACAGAACUAUUUAUUUGUUGUUCUUGUCCCACUGUGCACUGUGCAACACGAAUUCAAUUUAUUUCGCAUUUUUUUUGUGAGUGUGUGUCUUGUUUCUUUGUGAACGAAUACCGUGUGAAUACCGCGUGAAUACCCCUUCAGCGAGGAGCGAGCGUACUUUUGUGCGGCAGUGUGCGUGCGCCAUGUGAGUGAGUGGAGCGGGAGAGGCACCUGUUACAGUGUUACAGUUACAGUGCGUGUCAUAAUGAUAGCGACAAAGGCCACAAAAGCCGCCGCCGCAUCGGCCAUAAAAUGAAAGCCGAGGCAGCCCCCAGCAGCAGCAGCAGCCCCCCUAGGAGGAGGUCCACCGAAAUAAUUAAACAAAUUUUAGAUCGAUAUUCAAAUACGGACUUCGAGUCCGGACAAAACCAGAUAGUUCCAAUAAAAAACAAAAACAAAAACUACGACAGAGAAGUGUGUGUUUUUUAGAGCGAGAACAAAAAGAACAAAAAGCGAACCGAAAAUCCGAAUCAAAAUCAAAAUUUGUGUUCAAUAUUUAUAUAUAUGCUAAUUUAUUUUUACAAUAAUUUGGUAUUAACCCACAAAAGCCAAACACAACAAUAACAAAAACAAAAACACACCAACGACAAAAGAGUGAAAGAUAAAAACAACAACGAAAGAGCGGAGAGAGAGAGCAAAGGCAGAAGAGCAACGUAAAAGCAAAAGCAAAAGCAAAAGCACGCGGACGGCAGGGAGAUCUUUCUCGUUUCGCGCGCGGGAUAUAAAAACACAGCAAAAUAUCCAGCCACGUGCCCCCCCGCAAAGGACUGGAACGCCAGAGGGAGUGCAUCCUGCGCACCGCUCCCGUAGAUACAUUCGGCGAUAGAGAAAGGUUUUUUUCUCUCUGGAGCUCAUAUAUCAUUUGGCUUUCAUGUGGCCUCCUGAUUUGGGCGAUUGAUAGAAGAAAGCAAUCCAGGAACUGGAGGAUUGGCGAUUGGCUGGGAUUCACGAUGGCAUCGUCGAGAACUGGAACUGGAAGUGGAACUAGAACUAGAACUAGAACUAGUGCUGGUUCCAGCCGCUGGCUAAUGAACUUCCUGCUGGCAGUGGCCGCCCUGAAUCUGCAUCUGGAGGGCGGAGCCCAUGCCCUGCCCAUCACGUCGCGUCCGAUCGAGGGCAAUGCCCAGCGGAUGGCCUGGGACGAGUGGCUGAGCCUGCCGCUGGAGCAGAAGAGCCUCGAGAAGGAGAAGAAGGUGACGGCCAAGUCGAUAUUCACGCUCCCCUUCCGCCACUGUCCGCCGGGGCACACGCUCUACAACGAGCACUGCAUCCCGCAGAUCAACAUCGACCCCGCCGAUCUGCUCAAGCAGGAGCUGAUCUACGCGAAUGCGGGGGCUCCCGGCUCCGGCAGUCCCACGGCCAUCAUCACGGACUACGACUACAGCGAGGACGGCAGCGAGGAGGUGUCCGGCGACGAGCUGCUCUACGACCUGGAGCCGCAGUCGCAGCAAACGAUGGGAGAGGCCGGAGGCGAGGACCAGGCCCUGCCCAGUGCGGACGCUCCGCUCAAGUUUAAUAUAUUCGAAAAGAAGUUUCCCACGGGCCCCGCCCUCGGCGGGGAGUCCUCACCCGAGGAGUCGCCCGAGGAAGAGACAGCCAGGCUGCCACCAAUAGUUGCGGCCACAGCCACCAGCGACACCGCCACCGCCACCACAACGCCGAAGCCCGCAACCACGCCCACAGCUACACCGAAUCCAAAGGCAACUCCCAGCAAUCGCAUUCCUGCUGGAGGAGAUCUCCAGGCCGCCUCCAGCAAUGCACUGUCCACGACGUCGUCCAACAUUGACAUUGGCAACAUUGCGGCCAUUGUGGUGCCCGCGGGGGGUCAGAUGGCGCCCCCAGAUGCCUCCUCGUCGUCGGUUCUUCUGGUGACAAGUUCCCUGACGACUGCCGACUCGAAUGCGGAUGCAAAUGAGAGUGGAAAAACGAAUGCCGGUGCGAAUCCAAGUCGCAAGGGAGUGGGGGACUUUAAGGUGAAUGGCAAUGCGGAGGCGGAGGCGGAUCUGGCUCAGCUGCUCAAGGUCGAUGCCUUUCUGCCGGCCUACGAGGGCAGCAGCAUCGAGCUGUUGCCGCCGCCGCCGCCCUUCAAUCAUCGCCGUGUGGCGCCGCCGUUAAGCGCCGAUCAAGAAGAUCCAGAAGUAGAGCAGGAGACGGAGAUGGAGACGGAGAUGGAGGAGGAAACCACCACAGAUAUUGUGGAUGUAGAGGACGAGGCCACUACCGACACAACGGAGACCACCAGCUCCAGCACCAGCACUAGCACCGUUGUGGAGGCGGAGACGACAAUGGAGGAGUCUUCGUCAUCGUCAUCAUCAUCGUCUCCAUCUCCAGCCCAGCAUCCGCAAACGCAUCAGAAAGAAGAACCAGAGAUAGAUGAAGGUGGAAAUCGCCUGCUUUUGAUAAAAUCGAAAGUGCAACCGGUUCAGGUGACAGCAACAUCAUCCACAACAUCCACACAGUCCACGACAACGACGAUUGAGGCUGAAACCCAAGAGACCGCCGCCGCCGAAGACGACCGGUUUCAUUAUCAGCAGAUCCCCAAAGAUGUGGCUGGCACAACAACCACAGAGAUCCCCGCUGCUGGCAGCAGCAGCAGCAGCAGCAUCAGGAGCCACUUCGUGAGUGGAGAGUACCCUUUGCUGGACGAGGAGGCGGAGGAGGAGAGCGACAAUUUAAUGACAAAUACCAUUGGCGGUGAGAUUAAUGUCGAUGAGGAAUUGCGGAAAAUAAACGAGCUGGUAAAGGGCACGCGGCGAUUGUUGCAGCAGCAGCAAACCUCCAGCAGCAGCAGCAGCAGCAGCACUGAGGCAUCAUCCACGUCUUAUGCCACAGAAAGUUCUACAAAUUGGUCAAAGCUCAUGCCACAAGCAACAGCCACAACAACAACAGAGACAACUGCAAAAACAGCCGCAACAGAGAGCACUACUAGCACCACAGCAGCAGCAACACCAGCAGCAACAGCAACAGCAACAGCAACAUCUACAACGGCAGCAACAUCACAUUUAAGUAUUAAUACAAAUCGUAGCAAUAGAAAUAGUAAAAUAAUUAGAGUAGCGCAGGCGGAAGAUGAAACAACGACAGUGGCAACAUCCACAGCAGCAGCAGCAGCAACAACACCCAACACCAGCAGCAGCAGCAGCAGCAAGGAUGACGAUGAGUAUACACCAUUCUGGUGGCUGCCGAAUAUUGGCUGGCGGCUCGAUCGUCAGGUCGACAGGAAUGGCGAGGAUCGGGCGCUGUUGUUGCGUUUCUUUAGCACAUUUCGAGCGAGCGAUGGGGCCAUGGCCUCCACGCUGCCACCGCGACGCUAACAGCAGCCACAUCAGCGGCCGAGAGAGAGAGAGAGUGCUCCCUGUGGCUCUGGAAACGAAGAACAGAGUCGCCUGGAGCAUCCAUGUGGAUCAGUGUUGAUCAGCGCCGAGCAGUGUUGAGCAGCGUAGGGUGUAGUGUCGUGUGUCAGCAACAGCGUUUUCAAUUUGUGUUGAAGUCUGUCCCCAGUUGUUCGUUCACCUUUGCACCAAAAACCAAUCUAUAUAUCUUCAGAUGGGGAUCCCCUUUGGAUCCCCUUUGUAGCCCUUUUACGUUUUAGUCUUUUAUUAAUGCCAAAACUCCCCGAGUCCCCGAAUCCCCCGAAUUUGUAAAUAGCAACAACUACUUUUGUUUCAUUACCAUGAUCCCCCGUUUCGAUUGGCGUUAUUUUCUUGAAAGAUUUUCCCUCUUCUUGUGUUACAAUAUUUAAAAGUGCUGCAUGUUUUAAGUUGUUGAUUUAAUUUUAGUCAGAGCUGUUUUUUUUUUUUUAUUUAAAUAGUUUUAUGUGGCACUGCCGCCGCCGCCGCCGCCGCUGCUGCUGUCGUUGCUGCCGCCGUCGCGAAACCUUAGCAAUAUUUAAUUGUGAUUAUUUACGGAAUAGAACCCCUAGAUCUAAGAGCCACAUAAAUGUAUUUUGUAUAUCCAACGGAGUGGAGUGUGGAAUGUGGAAUGUGGAACGUGCGGAAUGGAAUCUUUCGAUGUAUUGUAUUUUUUUUUUUAUGAAUUAAUAUUAAUAUUAUUAUUAUUAUUGUAUUGUAUAAUCCAGCAUUUGUUGUAGCUCUGUCUCUGUGUAUAUAUUUAAUAUAUUUAAUUUUAAAGAUGAUUUCAAGAUGCCACCACAAAGAUUUGUAUCUGUAUCUGUAUCUGUAUCUUCUUGCUAGCAUUUAAGCGUACUAUUUAUGCUAUACCCACACACACACACACACCACACACACACACACCACACACACACACACACACACUCGUAUUGUAAACCAAACAAAAAGCUAAACUAAAAUCGAAACUAAAUGUAAAUGUAAAUGUAAAUGUAGUGCAUGUAUAUAGGAAAUAGAGAUCUGCGUUCGUUUCGAUCCUCUUGCCCCACAGGAUACAGUUCCUGUAUCCGAGUAUCCGAGUAUCUGUGCAUCUGUAUCUGUAUCUGUAUCUGUACGGCCACGCAACGAAAGUGUGAAACGAAACGAAAGAUGCUUCUUUUUUUUGUCAAUUGAAAUUCUACCAACAACCAAAGUUCUGAAGAAAAACAAAUACGAUAAAUGCAAAAA